AUGGGUUCUCGUAACACGUCAGGCUACUCUGAAAUCACCAACGAACUCCCUUUAUCUCCCACGGUUACUGAGAACAGGAAUCAACAUUGGACUGAACAUCUAGCUCCGCAACGAGAACAUUCGACCCUGACACUCUCGCAGAUAGAGGGCAUGGCUGGCUCACCCAUGAACUUUGCGCCGGGACAAUUGCCAGGCCCGAGUCAGCCACCUCCAAUGCCAGCUCAACAGCAGGGACUAAACCCCAAGGGACACGGAGCCGUCGAUCAGCCGCUCGCCCAAGCCCCAUCCUCAUGGCGACAAGAUCCCAUAUUCUAUUUUUCUGGACUUUCGGGGUCGGGUGCUGAUAAUGCUAAUAAUAAUAUCCAUGCCGGCGCACCUGCUGAUGACUGGUCUCCUCAAGAAAGCUCAGAUGAUACCCAGCCUCUUGUGCCGGGCAUGCGACAGGGUGUUGAGAAUGUAUUUCUCGGUAAUCCCGUCUUAUACUCCGAUCUGGCCCUGGAUUUAUACCAGAUCGACCAACCAGGCGAGCCCAUCGCAGAACCCAGGCCGCAAAUAGAGCAACAUGCAGUCCAGGCUACUCCAGUUGUACCAGCUCCACUCAUAUCCGCCGAGUCAGAAGCGGAUCAGCUGCACAAUGAAGUCCGGUCGAUACCUAAGCAACCGUCGGGGAGAUCGGCCGGGACAGGGCCAAAGCGCAAGGCCAGCGUGGUCCCGGAAUUAAACUUGGGCCCGAUCGACGGCGGUCUCGGGCCACGCCAAAAGAAGCAGCGUACCGUCCGAAAUAACUCGUGUAGUGCUUGUAGAAAGGCGAAAGUCAAGUGCGAAUUACGAGAGGGCUCUCCAAAAUGUACGCGAUGCGGAUUGAGAGGCACGGACUGCAUCAUCACCGGCGUCGACAAUCGGACCAAUGGGUCUAAACAUAAGGAACUCCUCGGGGUCAUUGAGAUAUAUCAUGGCCUCGUACUCGAGUUCGCCGAGCUCUUGUGCCUACUAAGUCCCGAUAAGACUAAAGAACCUGAGGGCAAGGAGGCACGUGAACUUUACGAAAGAGGGCUCAGUCCCACCGACAUCCUCAGCCAUCUACGAAGAACUCCCAAACGGAGCCUGAUUCUGGAAGUGAAGGAACUCGGGCAAUACAACCGAGGGUACGAAAAGCUGGAGGAUAUAAGGGUUGCUAUUAUCAAGGUGAAGGAGUCUGGGUUGAGAGUCCUCUGCUCUCUGCAUAACGCCUGCGACGAGGCUCGGUGCGGAGCUAUGGACGAGCUCGGCAUCAAGUUAGCCUUAGAGGAAGCCCGGUCAGGGGCGUUCCACCUCCCGAGUCGCCAUACGCCCAAGGAGGAAUUUCUGAAGGGUUUGUAUAAGGAUGGAUUCAAGCCUGCCCCGGCAACCCUCCAACUCUUUCUAUGA